AUGCAUACUAAAGAGUCUUAUGCGACCACGAAAAUUGCAAAGGAAGACACUAGUGACUCACGAGAAAAGAUAACCAAGACCAAGGAAGGUAGGUUAUUAGAGAAGAUUGACGAUGAUUGCUUGUUGAUUAAUCAAAUCAAAGGAGACUUCAACAAAAAGAGAACCAAUGAAAGCUCAGAAAAUGUGACUACCAAGCCCGAACACCAUGAAGUGGAGGAUGAUGAAGAAGAAGAAAGUUGGCGAAAGCAGUCUGAAUAUUAUAAGAACAUUGAUAGUAAGUCGUUCAGACAGUAUGAAUUAGCAUGCGACAGAGUGAAACAAUUUUAUGAAGAACAGCAUGAAAAACAGACGGUGGCUUAUAAUAUUCAAGCUCGGAUUAAUUUCAAAACUAAAGUUAGAGCCAAGAUGUCAGUAUGGGAAGGAUUGGAAAAACUUAACAGAUUGUUGGACGAAAGUGACCCAGAUACUGAAUUAUCACAGAUAGACCAUGCAUUGCAAACAGCACAAGCUAUUCGAAAAGAUAAUAAGCCAAGAUGGUUUCAGCUAGUUGGAUUAAUACAUGACUUGGGUAAAUUAUUAUAUUUCUUUGAUUCAAGAGGCCAAUGGGAUGUUGUGGGUGAUACAUUUCCAGUUGGAUGUAAAUUUCUGAAGAAAAUUAUCUUUUCAGAAAGCUUUAAAAAGAAUCCAGAUAUAUUGAAUCCUUUAUAUAACACUAAAUAUGGAAUCUACUCAAAACAUUGUGGUUUAGAUAAAGUUAUGUUAAGUUGGGGCCAUGAUGAGUAUAUGUAUCAUGUUGCGAAAAAUAGCUCCACUUUACCUGCUGAAGCCUUGGCCAUGAUACGAUAUCAUUCCUUCUACCCUUGGCAUCAUGAGGGUGCUUAUAGCUAUUUAAUGAAUGAUCACGAUAAAGAGAUGUUCGAAGCGGUUAGAGCAUUCAACGUUUAUGAUUUAUAUUCGAAGAUUGAUGAGAAGUAUGAUGUUGAAGAACUCAAGGAAUAUUACAAAGACUUGAUUGAUGAAUAUUUCCCGUCUAAAAUUAUUGACUUUUAA